AUGACUAUGGAUGCUAAGACCAACAACACAACAAUCUUACUAGAUAGUACGCAUUUCAAUGAAAUUCGUGGAGCCAUUCGUUCGCGCACGGUUGCCUGGGAUGCCCUUGCCCGUUCAGGUGAAAUAAGUGAAUUGGAUGCCUCCGUUGCUAAGAAACUGGAGACAAUCCUCAUCAAGGAGAAUGCUCCGGAUGGUGUUGCUGAGAAUUUAAUCAUUGAUGAAAGUGUUGUUCUGCCCUUGAUUCAUUUGAUGGCACAUGCGAUGGAGAAUGAUAGUGAGUCUAAAUUUGAGAUUUUGAAAUCUGUUCAGAAUUUAUUUGUGGAAUUGUUCUGUUCUGCAUCGUUUUGUGAUGGGACGAUUGAAUUCUUUGUGCAGAACCCUGAUCAAUUGGAUGCUUUGUUUAAGGUUUCUUUGGUGGGGGAUGUGCAGACUGUUUUGAUUAGUGCUUUCAAUUUAGUGACUUUAUUGAUUCAACCUGAAUUGAUUGAGAAGAAGAAGGUGUCCAAUAUUAAGAUGGUGGAUGAAUUGUUGGGGAAUAAAGAUUUCAUGGGGAUCUUGAAGGGGUAUGAAAGGACUGAUACAUGUUAUGUUUGUAUUCGAUUGAUUCAAGAAUUAAUGGGUGUGAAACAAUAUAGAUCCACUAUUUGGUCACACGAGGCAGAUAUCGUGCCCGUUUUGUUUAUUAUCCUAAAGAGAGCCAUCAAUGAUUCCAAUUCGAUGAAUAAUAAUAAUAGUAGUAGUAAUAAUAACGGUCAUAGUCCUAGACUUGUUGCUACGAGUUCCAAUAAUUUAGGGAUUCAAAUUCAAUAUUAUUCAUUAUUAUUGAUAUGGUUAAUGACAUUUAAUUCCACAUGGGCCAAUGAAUUUGUCAAUAAAUAUUUGAGUGAUUUUUUAAAUUUACUAAAAUUGGUUAAGAUUACCAUUAAGGAGAAAAUUUCCAGAUUAUCCAUUUCCAUCAUAUUACAAUGUUGUUCCACAAACGUCAAGGGUCAUAAAUCGAUUAUUAAGAAUUUAAUCUUGUUAGGUAAUGGUAUUCCUACUUUACAAUCGUUAAGUGAACGUAAGUACUCGGAUGAAGAAUUACGUGAAGAUAUUAUUACAUUGAAGGAGUUAUUAGAGGAGGAAUAUCAAGAGUUGACAUCAUUUGAUGAAUAUGUGGCUGAAUUAGAUUCUAAAUUACUAUGUUGGUCUCCACCACAUAUUGAUAAUGGAUUUUGGUCAGAUAAUAUUGAUUCAUUCAAAGAGAAUGGUUGGAAAUUGUUUAAGAAGCUGGUUAAUCUCUUGAUUGAAAUCAGUGCAGAUCAUGAAGAUUUAAACACGAGACAAAACAAAUUAAUAUUACAAGUGGUGUUGAAUGAUAUUACGCACGUGAUUGAGUUACUACCUGAGAGUGUGGAUGUAUUGAACAAGAUGAACGGGAAAGUGGUCAUUAUGGAAUUGUUGAACCAUUCCGAUUCGCGAGUGAAGUUUGAGGCGCUCAAGGCGACACAAGCGAUGAUCGGGUACACGUUGCGAUAG